AUGACUGGCGUAGAGGUUGACUUAUUUGAACAGGCAUUGCAAAACGAGUCUAAAGCUGUCACAAGCAUAACUGACACUAGCGAGACUGUCGAGACUACUGAGGCUUCUGAAACUACCAAGAUAACCGAGACAGCUGACAAUACUGACAAUGUGGAACAGGAAGUGAAGGAGAUCAACGCUGAAAGUGGAAUAUCUAGUCCUGAAACAACUGCUCACUCAAGCUCUGACUUCACUUCAAGCGAUGAUGAUGAUGAUGGUGAUGAUGAUGGUGAUGAUCUUGUACCGGUAAUCGAAGAAGCUGAUGACGAAGAACCGGCUGCAACGGGACCGAUUCGAUCCGUACACGAAUUAGUAGAAGAACCAGUGCCUGUGGUACCUGAAGACUUCAUUAUAGACGAGAAGGCAACCAUUAAUGAAAUCGGCACCAUUAAAUCUGCUUUUGAGCACAAUAUCAUCAUUACUGCAUCUCUUUCAGGGGAACAAAGAGUUUUAAAGGAAGGAAGUAUACUUUGCUUACAGGAAAAGACAUUGGUUGGUCCGGUAUGUGAGGUCUUUGGCCCUUUACAAGCUCCAUUCUAUAGAGUAUCGUUCGAUAAAGACAAAGAAAUCAGUUCCACUAGAUUCAACGAUUUGAAAACCAAAGUUGGUGCCAAGGUAUUCUAUGUUACUCCUGAGGCCCGUUGGGUGGACACUUUUGAGCUGAAGCAAAUCAAAGGAACGGAUGCUUCUAACGGAUUCGAUGAAGAGCUGCCCGAAAAUGAACAAGAGUUUUCUGAUGACGAAAAGGAGAUGGAGUUUAAACGUAAAAAGAAGCUAGCUAAAAAACGCAAGAAUAAUGACGAUGAUUCGGAAAAUACGGCUGGCGGGAAAACUGCCUUCAAGAAUAAAGAUCCUUUACCAUACAGUAACAAGUCCACAGUAAGUUAUCGUUCAAGAAAUAUCAGAGAAAAUAGAAGUCAAUACAGAGAUACCGAAGAUGGCAGUUCUGAGGGACAAAUUUCUUGUAAGAGACCGAAAAAUGAAAGACCGCAUUCAAAAUCAAUAGUUCCAACUAAUCCAAUGCAGUUUCCGCCUGGAUUCCCACAUAUGUACAACCCACAAUUUUCUCAACCAAUGGCGUAUGGUAAUCAACAACCUCCAUACAACAAUGGAGGCUUUUAUCAACCUCAAUAUCCAAGUUAUCCUAAUCAACCACUUGCCCAGCAGCAAGGAAUAUUCCAGUACCAGCAACAGUUUCAACAACCGUUUGCUUCCCAGCCACAAAUGUUUCCACCCCAGAGCAAUAUACCACUACCAAACAUGCCCCUACAAUUUUUCCCACCAAACACCACUCCAGUGUCACAACCAAUGAAUACUUUCCCAAAUUUCCAACAAUCUGGGCAAUCUGCUGCUCAACAGCAAUAUACCCCUUCUAGGCCUUUAAAUGAUCCUCAUGAAAGAUCUAUGAACAACAAUUAA